CAAAAAGGUGCGUCGGUUAAUGAUGGCCGUUGCAGCGCAGUUUCUUUCUAUUUAUUCAAAAACCUCCUUCCAUCCGCCAAUCCAUAACAGUUCUCUCUUUCCCUUCUUCAUCACCUUCUCCAUCAAAUCAUAUUAACAAUAUCUCUCAAAAAUCCCCUACAAAUGGCCGCUAUUGUCAAAUCCUACCUCCUCAUCCUCCUAAUCGUCCUAUCAUACUCCGCUUCUACUUCUUCGGGUCAAAAUACCCAGAACCUCGCAAUCCGGGUCGAGGAAUCCAGCCAGUCGCCGAGUUACCUAGCAAUCCGGUUCCUGAACAUGGGCGACCAGACCGAAAUCGUCGCCGUCGACGUCGCGCAGGUGGGGUCUCAGAACUGGAACUUCAUGAGCAGCAGGAAAGACGAAGGAGGGGCAAUUUGGGAAACGAACAGAGUUCCGGGCGGGCCGCUGCAGUUCCGGGUCGUGGUAACUUCCGGGGUGGAAGGAAAGUGGUAUUGGGCGAGAAAGGUGAUGCCGGAGGAUUGGAGAAGCGGGGAAAUUUACGAUACUGGGCUCCGUAUUACUGAUACUGCCAUGGCUUCUGCCACCCCUUCCUUUGAUGAUGAAAUGCAGCAUAUGCUGUGAAACUAGGGAGUAUAUAACUGUAUGGAUAGUGUAAAUUAAUUUCUUUCUUGUUGAAUAAAUAAUCGGUUGAAUCUAUAUCUUUAAUUGUGUCCAUUUCUUUACUUUAUUAGAAUAGCACAUAAAUUGUUCUACAAUUGAACAUUGAACAAGAUAUGAUACUUAAAGAACUAUGUUUUUCACCCCAUUCAGUUCUCUAUUUUUAUAUGCAC